AUGGCUUCUACCAUGCCCCCCGUUCCCGCAAAGGACGACGUUAAAGCAACAUGGGCCUACCUCGAAGCCGGCGUCGACAAGAUCAUGACCGACCUCCGCGGCGGCAUGGACAUGAAGACCUACAUGGGUCUGUACACGGCUAUCCACAACUUCUGUACGGCACAGAAGGCAGUCGCCGGCACGUCAUUUACAUCGCACAACAACCGCGGCGGCGCCCACCUGCUGGGAGAGGACCUCUAUCAGCACCUGAUCGAAUACCUGAGGACGCAUCUCAAGGGUGUACAGGCGCGGUCCAAGGAGCACGUCGACGAGGCGCUCCUGACCUUCUACAUCAAGGAAUGGAACCGCUACACGACGGCCGGGCAGUACAACAACCAUUUGUUCCGAUACCUGAAUCGACAUUGGGUAAAGCGUGAGAUGGAUGAAGGUAAGAAGAACAUCUAUGACAUCUACACACUGCACUUGGUGCGGUGGAAGGAGGACAUGUUCGCCGGCACACAAGAGUCCGUAAUGCGCUCAGUCCUCAAGCUCGUCGAGAAGCAGCGGAACGGUGAGACUAUAGAACAGUCACACAUCAAGUCGGUCGUCGACUCGUUCGUCUCCUUAGGUCUUGAUGAGGCUGACAGCUCGAAAUCGACUCUGGAUGUCUACAAGCAGUACUUCGAGAAGCCCUUCUUGGCGGCCACAGCACAGUACUACGACAACGAAUCUAAGCAGUUCUUGGCGGAGAACAGCGUCGUCGAAUACAUGAAGAAGGCAGAGGCUCGUCUAGAUGAAGAGAAGGACCGCGUGCCGCUCUACCUGCUCAACGACAUCAUGUCACCGCUCAUGCGCACCUGCGAGCAGGCUCUCAUCACGAACCACUCGCUGGCUCUCCGCGAGGAAUUUCAGAGCCUCUUGGACCAUGAUAAGCAGGAGGACUUGGGCCGCAUGUACAAGCUCCUGGCGCGCAUCCCCGAGGGUCUGGACCCACUCCGCACCCGCUUCGAGACGCAUGUUCGGAAGGCUGGUCUCUCUGCAGUGGAUAAAAUCUCCGGGGAGGGCGACAAUGUGGAGCCCAAGGUCUACGUCGAUGCGCUGCUAGAGGUCCACACCCAGUACCAGGAUCUUGUGAACCGAGCAUUCAACGGCGAGUCGGAGUUUGUGCGGUCGUUGGACAACGCAUGCAGGGAGUUCGUUAACCGCAACAAGAUCUGCAAGUCCGGCUCCAACAAAUCGCCUGAGCUUCUCGCUAAGUACACCGACACGUUGCUCAAAAAGUCUAGCGCGAAGAUGAACGAGGAGGACAACAUGGAGAAGCUCCUGACCCAGGUCAUGACUGUCUUCAAGUACAUAGAGGACAAGGACGUCUUCCAGAAGUUCUACUCGCGGAUGCUGGCCAAGCGUCUGGUGCAGACUACCUCUGCGUCCGACGAUGCUGAGACCACCAUGAUCUCGAAGCUCAAGGAGGCCUGCGGUUUCGAAUACACGAACAAGCUCCAACGCAUGUUCCAGGACAUCCAGAUUUCCAAGGACCUCAACGCCAAUUACAAAGAGUUUCUAGAUAAGAAUCUAGACCCAGAGGAUGUCAAGACCAACAUCGACGCUACAUACAACAUCCUUGGUGCCGGUUUCUGGCCGCUGAACCCACCUAGCACGCCGUUUACGCCACCUCAGCAAAUCGUGCAGACGUAUGAACGCUUCGUACGCUUCUAUAACAACAAGCACCAAGGCCGCAAGUUGUCAUGGCUGUGGCACCUGUCCAAGGGCGAGAUCAAGGCCAACUAUUGCAAGGUCCAGGGUCAGAAGGCUUCCCCAACUUUCCAGGUCUCAACCUAUCAGAUGGCCAUCCUGUUACUGUUCAACGACAGCGACACAGUCGCCUACGACGAGAUUGCCGAGGCUACGAAACUUGGCAAGGAGACCCUGGACCCAUACCUUGGUGUCUUCAUGAAGGCCAAGAUCCUCACGGCCGAACCUGAGGGUGCUAAGCCGGAGUCUGGCACCUCAUAUAAGCUCAACAUGAACUUCAAGGCGAAGAAAAUCAAGAUGAACCUUAACAUUUCUAUCAAGGGCGAGCAGAAGCAAGAGGCCGAGGAUACGCACAAGACUAUUGAAGAGGACCGAAAACUGCUCAUGCAGUCGGCCAUCGUGCGUAUCAUGAAGUCUCGCAAGAAGAUGAAACACCAGCAGCUCGUCUCGGAGACCAUUCAGCAAAUCAAGAACCGCUUCAUGCCCCGCGUUCCUGACAUCAAGAAGUGCAUCGAUAUCCUCCUCGAGAAGGAGUAUCUGGAGCGUCUGGAGGGCGACGAGCUCGGUUACCUCGCAUAA